AAGAAAAGGAAAAAGGCACAAGGCAAGGCAAGACCUUGAGAGAGCUACCGAGAAAGAAGAGAGCGGAGAGACAGAGAUAGAGAGCAGCGAUCAAACUCCUUCAAAGAGCAAAAGCUCAAAGAUAAAACCAGUGAGAAUGUACCAAAGUGGAAAAAAAUAAAAUUGGAGGAGGAAAUAUAUCAACAGAGCGAGAGCCGAAGCUUCGACGAUUCGAAGCCCAGUCACUCAGGUUAGAUUUCUCUGCAAUUCCUCGACUUCCUUGAAAGGUCAGAGCUCAAUCAAUCUCUAACCAUCUUUCCCAUACUCUCGGCUCUAGUUUUCCCUCUUCAUUGUGCUUCAUUCCUCUUCAAUUCGAUUUCCCUGCUAUGUUUCCCAAACUCCAUUCGGCCAACUCCCCGAUCUCUUUUAUUCGACUUGGAAUUUGGGACUCUGAAGUUUGAAAGAUUUUGAAUUUCAUGAAAGGAACGCGGGGUUUUGAUUGGUGCAGUGGUGCAAUUUGUGGUUCGUACAGUGCGUGAGAAGGCGUGGUCCUGUGGGCCCAAGUUUGGUGAUUCAAGCUUAGGGUUUUAUUUAGGCAUUGUUUCCGACAAAUUGAGCUUGAUUCUGGGGGGGAUUUAGUGAGUUCCGUAGUGGGUUUGAUCUCUAGGGUUUUGGUUCCGAUAAGAUGAGAUUUGGGUUCGCAUUAUAUCGUUUGUGGGUUGGUGAAUUCGGGGUUUUUUGGAAAUAAGGAUUUUGGAAAUAGGUUAGGAGUGGGGGUUUUCGGGCGUUUUAGUGAUUCGUCGGAUUCCGAGUGUGGAUUUGCAUCGAAUGAUAUGUGGGAGGGAAAUUUUUGGAUCGUUUGUAAACGGAAAAAAGUGUAAGUUGGGAUAAACUGGGGUUACUGGGGGGUUAGUGAUUCUGCGGUCGGUGUAUGAAUCUGUGUCUCGAGACAUGCAACCUCAGCAGAGCUCCAGAGUCGAUUUGGUUGACUUGAAAGCUCAGAUAGUGAAGAAGCUUGGGGUGAAUAAGUCAAAACUGUACUUUUAUCACUUGAAUAGUUUUUUGAGCGACAAAUUGGGCAAGAUUCAGUUUGAAAGUUUUUGCAUUCGGGCUUUUGGGAGGGAGAAUCUUCCACUGCACAACCAACUCCUUAUUUCAAUCCUUAAGAAUGCAUGCCAAGCCAAGACCCCGCCACCAGUUCAUUUAGCGGGUCCUCACAAAUCGGGGAUACAAGCUGCAAACAGUUCUCCUGGUGGGGAAGAUGGGCAUGAACAAAGUGGGGCCAUUUUCUCCAAUCAGAAUCAAAAUGUGCCUGUUUGGUCGAAUGGGGUUCUUCCAGUGUCCCCACGAAAGGGAAGGUCCGGGAUACGUGAUCGGAAGCUCAGGGAUAGACCAAGCCCUCUUGGACUGAAUGGGAAGGUCGAGUGUGUCUCACAUCAAUCCAUGGGACCAGAAGAUAGCAAUAGUAAGUUUAAUGUGGAAAAUGGGGAUUUGACUCCGUGCGAUUAUCAGAGACCAGGGCCGCAUCUUCAGACUGUUGCUGAGGCACAUGAGAAUGAAAGGGAUGGUGCUGUUCGGCGACCUGCAGAGAAGCCAAGGAUACACAGUAAAGAUCAGGCUGCAGGAGCUGUUAUUGACGAUGGGGAAGAGGUGCAGUCAACACGGUCAAAUUUCUUUAGAAGUCCUCUGCUUGCCCCCCUAGGGAUUCCAUUUUGCCCAGCUAGUGUCGGUGGGGCCCGCAAAGUUAUUCCAUCGGCUAGCAGUGGUGAUUUUGUUAGCAAUUACGAUAGUGGUGGAUUGACUGAUACAGAGACACUGAGAAAACGUAUGGAGCAGAUUGCAGCAGCACAGGGCCUUGGAGGCGUUUCUAUGGAAUGUGCUAAUAUGUUAAAUAAUAUGCUGGAUGUGUACUUGAAGCAGUUAAUCAGGUCUUGUGUUGAGUUGGUGGGAGCAAGGUGCACACAUGAGCCAAGAAAGCACCUUGCUCACAAGCAGCAGAUUCAAGGCAAAAUUAUCAAUGGCAUGUGGCCAAGUAAUCACUUACACAUGCAGAGUGCCGGUGGGCCCAUGGACGUGAUGCAGGAGCAAGGACACCAGUGCUCGAUAUCUUUGCUUGAUUUCAAAGUUGCUAUGGAGCUGAAUCCUCAGCAACUUGGGGAGGAUUGGCCAUUGCUGCUGGAGAAAAUUUGUAUGCAAGCAUUUGAGGAAUGAAACCUCCAUAUGAAGGCCUGCUUAUUCCAAGCCAUGGUUGGUUUGGUGUGUUCUGGUGCAAAGGUAUGGACAACCAUUGUUGGAGAUGAUUGACGCACUCAGUUCUGUUCUUACUGCCAAGAUAAACAGAUUUCUCCCAGUUGGUUCUCUGGCCUUUGCAAAAGAAUUGUGGGCAUGAGCAUUGGAAUGCUGUAUUUGCCUGCUACAGAGCAUGGCUAGUCGGGAAAUUAUUUAAAUUCAACCAAACAAGGGGUGCCUUCAAAUAGAGUGCCCAUGAUUGGUUGCUCUGUUGUAUCUUUAGCAUUGAUCUUGGCUGUAUCUACCGUCUCUACAGAUCUCAAGCAUUUCCUGUAAUUCUCAGCCAAUGUGGAGGAAAACUAAAAGAGUUUUGAAGGGAUACUGUUGUGUAUUGUAGUGAAAGGUAAAAAAGCUCCUUGUGUAAGAGCUGCAGUAAGCUCUGUAUGUACUUUAGACUGAGAAUUAAUUGGAUUUAAAUAUCAAUAACACAUUGACAUCCACUGUUAUUACCUCGA